AUGUCUCUCUCCAACAAGCUUGCCAUCACAGACCUUGACCUCAAGGGCAAGCGUGUCCUCAUCCGUGUCGACUUCAAUGUUCCCAUGCAAGAUGGCAAGAUCACGAACCCCGCCCGUAUCGUCGCUGCUCUCCCGACCAUCAAAUAUGCCCUUGAAAACGGUGCUGCCAAGAUCAUCUUGAUGUCCCAUCUCGGACGUCCUGACGGAAAAGUCAACCCCAAAUACUCCCUCGAACCCGUCUCCCACGAGCUCUCUAAACUCAUCAGCAAGCCCGUCAUCUUCCUCCACGAUUGCGUCGGUCCCGACGUCGAGAAGUCCGUUGCCUCCGCCGAAAACGGUUCCGUCAUUCUCCUCGAAAAUCUCCGUUUCCACAUCGAAGAGGAGGGUUCCGUCAAGGACAAGCAGGGCAACAAGACCAAGGCCGACCCUACCAAGGUUGCCGAGUUCCGUCAGGGACUCACCAACCUCGGCGACGUCUACGUGAACGACGCGUUCGGUACCGCUCACCGUGCACACUCGUCCAUGGUUGGCGUCAAGCUUCCUCAGCGUGCUGCUGGUUUCCUCGUCAAGAAGGAGCUCGACUUCUUCGCGAAGGCGCUUGAGAGCCCCGAGCGGCCUUUCUUGGCCAUCCUUGGUGGUGCCAAGGUCUCCGACAAGAUUCAGCUCAUCGAUAACAUGCUGGACAAGGUUAACUCUCUCAUCAUCUGUGGCGGUAUGGCCUAUACCUUCAAGAAGACGCUCGACGGUGUCUCCAUCGGCGACUCGCUGUUCGAUGCUCCUGGCGCUGAAAAGGUCGGAGCGUUGGUUGAGAAGGCUAAGAAGAACAACGUCAAAAUUGUCUUCCCCAUCGAUUACGUUACUGCCGACAAGUUCGACAAGGAUGCCAAGACCGGGUACGCUACCGACGCUGAGGGCAUCCCGGCAGGUUGGAUGGGUCUCGAUACUGGUGUGAAGAGUCGCGAACUCUAUCGUGAAGCUGUUCUCGAGGCGAAGACCAUCCUCUGGAAUGGUCCCGCCGGUGUGUUCGAGUUCCCCGCCUUCGCUGAAGGAUCCAAGUCCCUCCUCGAUGCCAACAUCGAGGCUGCCAAGAACGGUGCUGUCGUCAUCGUCGGUGGUGGUGAUACUGCCACUGUUGUUGCCAACUAUGGUGCCGAGGACAAGCUCAGUCACGUCAGCACCGGUGGUGGAGCCAGUCUUGAGCUUCUUGAGGGCAAGACUCUUCCCGGUGUCGCUGAGUUGAGUGAGAAGUAA